UGUCGCGUUCGAAAAGGAAAUUCGGGAAGCAAUGGCCGGGGGAGGGGGAGCGGGCACGAGGACCACAAACCACGGCAAGCGGAAGGCGAGCGCCGGCGGCAGCAUCGUAGGGAAGAACAAAGCAGCAGCAUCCCAUCACGCGAGUGCCAAAAAAGACUACCCGCACUGGGGGACACACUUUCUGAAGCGGACAUGCGUGCACCGCAAGGUCCCGAGGAUGUCGCAGAAGAGCAAGGAUGUCCUGGUGGCGGCCCUGCGAUCUCUCGACGCCAACAUGAAACGGCCAUCUCCGUACUUCGACGACCUCGAUGCUAUCGCAGCCGGCAAAUCUGGACGCGGCAGCGAGCAGGAGGAGGGGGAGGAGGAGGGAGCCAUCCCUGCGAAAGCGCUGCUUAUGUUUCGAGGCAUUGUCAACAUGGUCGCCCUAGCACGUGACAGAACUGAACCGUUUACAGUCGAGGGUGUGGACUACAGUGUGGCGGACCUUUACGACGCCAUGGAGAAGGAAAACACACCGGAACUGGAGGAUUCUGCCGGCGGGAGUUCGUCGACGCGUGGUGCAGCCGGACCGGACGGGGGUGGUUCCGCCGGAGGGAGUGGCAGCAGCACGGAGCGCAAGGGCCCACACUGCAUGAUGCGGCUCGUUGGGAUCCUGUGCGAAGACUCCAUCCGCCCACUUGUCAUCAACAGCCGCUUGCAGGCGACCCGGCAGGAGCUGGACACCUCAGCAGUUGGGCCGCGGAAACAUUUGUGGACAGAGGUCACCGACCGCUUCCUCCGAGACCCUCGCCACAAUGUGAGAAAAAUCGUGGACGACGAACAAGUGAGUCACGUCAACCCGAACAUCAUCCAGCAACCUAACAUCUCGGCGGAAAAGAUCACCAAAAUGUGGUCUGCGGCAAAGGCGAAAUGGAACACGCCUAAUGCCAACUGGAAGAAGAGUGAAUCCGGCAACAACCAGCCACGGCUUUCAUUUUGCCAAGGGGACACGGACACGUACAUUCUCGGUUGCGCAAUCGAGAAAUACCCCGAGCUUGACCAAGUGUGCAACAAUCUCUUCCCGGAGGACGCUCAGCGAGAGGACGACGGGACCGGAGAGGGCGAUGGCUGUACAGGCGGUGCCGAGCGCCGGGCGGCCGUCAAGCGGGAGGGCGCGAGGCUCUACGACCAGAACAGGCGGGGGACGAAGCAGAAAAAAAAGGGGGGAAGGCAGAGCGUGGAAGAGGCUACGUCCGUUGCCAUGAAAACCGCACUCUUAGAUAUUGAGCCGCUCCUGCCACAGGAAAGCAAGUCUACUGCCCUCGAUACCAAGGCUGCUGAAUACGCUCUGCAGAAAGCAAUGUGCGCCGACCACCAGAAAUAUUCGGAGCAGAUUGUGGAAGAGAAGGAAAAAAAGCGGCCGGGUUACCAGACGAGAGUAAAAUUCAUGGAACAAAUGGUAGCAAAGCUCGAGAAGGAGAUGUUUGGAGGCCAAUAACACCCACAUGCACUGCUGGACUUGCUUCCGUGCAAUCGUCGAAGUGGAAGCNUCGGGUUACCAGACGAGAGUAAAAUUCAUGGAAGAAAUGGUAGCAAAGCUCGAGAAGGAUAUGUUUGGCGGCCAAUAACACCCACAUGCACUGCUGGACUUACUUCCGUGCAAUCGUCGAAGUGGAAGCGUGUGGGCGUGUGCUCCUGUUAUGCAUGAGUCACCAUUGUUUUUCGUAGCGUUAAGCACCGAGGAUACGUGCGACUAUGCAAAGACGUGUGGGUUUGGUUGGCAACAACAAUUGAGAGGAUGCCUUGCGGCAACAAAGGAGUACGAAGGAUAACAUGUGAUUGAAGAACGCCGAGACCGUUGUGGUCCACGGGCAAGCUGCUGUGCCGACAGUAAACGAACACGAGGGUGUUUUUUUUUUUCCACUCUCACGGCAAGGCUUGCUUGUUGCGAGGGCCGUGGCUAUUUUUUUUGUGUUGUAGUUUCGGAGGGGGGGGGCUAGUGUUUUUGUUUGCGCAUGGUUGAGUCAACGUCUUCGUUUUUUCGCAGCAUCGCCGUGGAGGAUACGUGCGCCUCCGCAAAGACGUGUGGGUUUGGUUGGCAACAACAAUUAAGAGGAUGCCUUACGGCAACAAAGGAGUAUCAAGGGUAACAUGGUUGAACAACACCGAGACCGUUGUGGUUCACGGGCGAGUUUCUGCGCCUCCAACCUGCGUACAUGCAUGUCGUUUGGUGUUUGCCAGCUCGCAAGACUUGUUCUUGCAACCCAAUACUACGUUGGGUGUUGGCGGUAACUCUGAGGCACGCUUUGGGUUCCACCUUUUUGGAGCCCUGCAAUUUACGCCGUCUCCGCGCAUGCUCACUCCAAGCGCAGGAAUGUGUUGGCGAUGGGACUCGAAAAGACCCCAAUUCUUCGUGGGUGUGUGUGCGUCCCCUUCAGGUUACAUGAUAGAUACCAUAAGGAGCUUGUUGCGACCAUCGCGGUUUCGUCUGGCGUGCUGCAAACCGAGAUUUUUUGUACUUGUAAUAACCCUGCACAACCAAUUCAAUGCAGAUACAAUAUCGACAACAACAACGCUUACGAUUCAUACGAUCCUAACUGGGAAAAAAAAAACGAACAUGCCCACGCUUUUCAUGCACUACCCAAAACAAGCAGCCUCCUAGACCUACCGUGCCCCGGUCUCGUCCGAACACGAUUCAUGUCAACCCGGCGCCAACAUACACAUAACCAAGACCCACGCACCGGCACAUUAUGAACCACGUGUACCCGGAAACUCAUGGCCAUAACGCUUAACAUCGACACCCACAAAACAUGGCAGCGAGGAUCAACAUGCCACACAUCACACCCUCUUACCAACACCAAAAACGCUUCCGUCCAGCGCCCUCCGCCCUUCACAACGAGGAACCCUCCUCCCGCGCGUCUCAUCCUACCGUGGAAGCGAGACCCGCCACCUCGAGGCAGCGAGCCUACUUCUGCCGCCAUCCGCCUAUGUAGCCCCGAACCCUAACCCGCCCUUUUAGUGUUCCCACGACGGCCAGA